AGGAUUCUGUUUCGCCACUUUCGGUUUCCGCCUCUCUAACUUAAAAUCAACAAAAUUUGCACUUCGAACUGUAAUUUGUUCGAGAAAGAUGUCCAAAACGACAGCACCUUACGGUACAUGGAAGUCGCCAAUCUCCAGCAAGCUUGCCACGGAAAGCAGUGUCAGAUUUCAAGAGAUCCGUUUAGACCAAAAACCUGGGUUUGUCGCAGAAACUGUUUUCUGGAGUGAACUACGUUUUGAUGAGGGAGGUCGCUAUGUUGUAUGUUCCCUGAAUAAGAAUGAAAAAGAUUUCAAAGUUUGGACACCGAAAGACUUCAAUGCCCGGACCAAAGUCCACGAGUAUGGCGGAGGUGCAUUCUUUGUGUAUGAUGGAGCGGUCUACUUCUCCAACUUCUCUGAUCAACAGAUGUAUGUGCAGAAAUCACCCGAUUCUUCUCCAGAAGCAAUCACUCCAAAGGACUGUAACUGGAGAUAUGCGGAUGGAUCUCUUUGUUCAAAAACAGGAAAAAUAUAUUGCAUUCGAGAAGAUCACAGCCUUGUAGAGAAAAAGGAGGCAAAAGAACCCCAAAACACUGUGGUGUCCAUAGACCCUGUCACACAGAAACAGACAGUGCUGGCAAGUGGUUGUGAUUUUUACUCCAGUCCCAGAUUUUCACCAGAUGGAAAAAAGCUAGCCUGGAUUCAGUGGAAUCAUCCAAACAUGCCCUGGGACAACACAUCCCUGUUUGUGGGGGAACUCUCUAGUACUGGAGAUGAAAUUGUUCCUGGGACAGCCAAGCAAGUAGCAGGGGGUGAAGGAGUGAGUGUCAUGCAGCCAGUGUGGACCCCUGACAAUAAUCUUCUGUUCAUUGGUGACCAGACUGGCUGGUGGAACCUUUAUCAGUACUCUCCUGAUGGGAACCACCAGAACCUCCUCCCGUGUGAGGCGGACGUUGGCGUUUGUCAAUGGGUGUUUGGGAGACCUGAUUUCAGUGUGGAGCCAUCAGAUGGGGGCACUGUUAUCAUGAAAAGGAAAGAGGAAAUCUUAAAAUUAGACAUAAAAACAAAAGAAUAUAAGAAGCUGGAGACAAAUUGUACAUCACACAACAUGCUGACAUUUGGUCAGAACGGAGAGCUUUAUUGUGAAGUGGGGAGUCCUACAAAAUUCCCCUGCAUAGUACAGCUGAACACUCUCUCAGGGGAGAUUAAAGAAUUGCGUGUUUCCAAGUCUCUAUCCCUAGAUAAGGGCUAUUUUAGUGUCCCAGAAAAUUACACCUGGAAGACUUCGGACAAUGAUGUGUGCUAUGGAUACUUGUACACUCCACAGAACAAGGAUUACAGUGCUCCUGAGGGAACCCUCCCCCCUCUUCUUGUCAAGGCACAUGGAGGACCUACAGGCUACAGCUCCAACACAAUAGCUCUGGGUAUUCAAUACUUCACAAGUCGAGGAUUUGCAGUUCUGGAUGUUAACUACAGAGGAAGUUUUGGUUUUGGAACUGCAUACAGGAACAAACUAAAAACAAAGUGGGGAAUCUAUGAUGUGGAUGAUUGCAGUAGUGGGGCUCAGGCUCUUGCGGAAGAGGGUCGUGUAGACAAGAAUUGUCUGUGUAUUGAUGGGGGAUCUGCGGGGGGAUACACUACGUUAGCCUGUCUAGCCUUCAGGACCGUAUUUAAAGCAGGUGCUAGCCAUUAUGGAAUAGGGGAUUUAGAAGCUCUUGUCAGAGAUACACACAAGUUUGAGAGUCGAUACAUUGACAAUCUUAUUGCACCAUACUCUGCAGAAACCGUCAAAAUUUACAAGGAACGCUCUCCAAUAAACUAUGUUGAUCAACUUAAUUGUGCAAUGGCUUUCUUCCAAGGGGAUGAAGACAAGAUUGUUCUUCCUAACCAGGCUGAGAUGAUGUACGAAGCUGUUAUGGCCAAAGGCCUACCAACAGUAUUGGUCAUGUUCAAAGGAGAACAACAUGGAUUCAGAAAAGCUGAAAACAUACAAAAGGCUCUGGAUGGGGAGUUCUAUUUUUUUGCCAAAGUUUUUGGUUUUGAGCCAGCAGAUAAACACAUCUCACUCGAUAUAAAGAAUCUAAAGAAUUGAGAGCCACAGAGAGAACUGUUGCAGUCAUCUAUAUUUGUAAAUAACAUUGAUCCACAGGAUUAUUCAUUAUACCUAAAAAAAAAAAAAGUAUUCCAACCAUGAUAGCUAUGGAUUUGAUGAUUUUGCACUAUUUUCUUAUUGAAGCCUAAAACCAAUGUUUGUCAUACUGUUUUUGUUUUGGGGUUUAUAUAUAUAUAUCUAUAUAAGUGUGUCCCUGAGUAAUUGUUGACCAAUCUAAUUGAUUUGUAAAUGUUUGUUGUGUAAUUGGAAUGAAUAAAUUUCAAUCUGAUUGAAAUUGUUGCUACAAUAGAAAAACAAAGAUCAGAUCGAGGAUCUGAUUUUAAUCAGAUAUUGGAUUGAAUCUAGCACUGAAAUGAGAUGAUAUGACAGAUCUAUUCAUUUCUAGCAUUACAAUUAUCAUAAAGGUACCUUCUGUAUACUACUAUAUCCAGAAAACAACAUGGAAAUGUAUUUUAUUUACAAGUACUAAUUGUUACUGCUAUGUUUUGAUUGAUUAUAAUUGAUUAAGUGACCAAGCUGUGCCCAGAAGCCAAUAGGCAGAACAUAACCCAAAAAUCAAUGUUUUGUUGCACAUUUUACUUUUUUAGAUAAUUAAAGGUUUCAAAUUGAAUAUCAUCUUUUUUAUCAAAAGUUGUAGAAUUACAUGUAUAUGUAUUUAAUUGUUACUUUUCUGAGAAAUUUAUCAAUUAUUGAAUUUUAUUUAUUUUUUUUAUGAUUUACGAUCAUGUAAUAUUUUUUAGAUGUUGAAUCAUCGGUCUCACUCAAUUGUUUUUUUUUUUUUGUGAACCAAUAUAUUUAUAGUGAUGACUUGUAGAUCAGGAAUUGCAUCUUAGAAAUCAAUUAAAAUAGACCAAUAACAGCUGACUAUUUAUAGACUAAUAAAAAUUGUACAGAUCUUCA